UUUAACUUUUAGCUUUGUCACUUCCAGAUCAGAAACUACAAUAGCCGGCUGUUCCUCUCUUCAAAUGCUGCGUGCGAUCGAGUAAUUGAACUCGCCUUGGGAAGACAUUGCUACUUGUUGGCGCUGUUGAGCUGCCGCGAGUCGCGAUCAAACGUUCCAAAACCAAGUUUCUCUCUGCAAUAUUUUGCUGUCUUGGCCAGUUUGGUUAGGACUUGGAGCACAGAUCGCUGCUGACACUAGUGGAAACUAAACUAAAGAUUAGGGUGAUCGGUGAUAAUGUCAGCAAAGACAGAGUCGUCCAAUGAGCAUGUUGAGACUGGACCUGCAUCUGGGGCCAUUGUGAUUGAUGACGGUACUUCCACGUGCCGUGUAGGAUUGGCAUGUGACGACGCACCGCGAGCGGUGAUACCUUCCUUUGUCGCUACUCCCCGAGCUCAAGCCCUGGUCAGUGGCAUGGGACAGAUGCAUAGCUAUGUCGGCGAAGAAGCGCUGCAAAUGCGAGGUCAAAUCACCAUCAAGCAUCCAGUUGAACAAGGCGUCGUCACCAACUGGGACGAUAUGGAGAAGGUUUGGCAUCAUGCGCUGUACAAAAAGCUGGAAUGCCAGGAUUCGGUGGAGCAGCAUGUGCUGCUGUCUGAGCCACCUCUGAAUCCCAUCAUGAACAGGGAGAAAGCCGCACAGAUCUUCUUUGAAUCGUUCGACGUGCCUGGAUUCUACCUAGCCAAUCACCUAGUACUGUCUUUACUCUCCACGGGCCGUGUGUCGGGUAUCGUGCUGGGCAGUGGUGACUGUGUAUCGUACGCCAUGCCGGUGUACGAAGGCUGUGCCCUGCGCUACGGCACAAAGCACUCUUACCUGGGUGGCAGGGAGAUGACAGAGGCGCUAGCCACACUACUCACCCGCCGCGGUGUGGAAAUGCGCACAAGUGCCGAUUACAACGUGGCCAGAACUAUCAAGGAACAGCUAGCAUUCGUGGCAGCAGCGGAUGCGGAUGCACACCCACACCCAGACGGCAUCACGGAUCUAGAAAAAACAUACACCACUCCGGACGGAAAGGUGAUCACGUUGGAUCAUGAGCGCUACAAGUGUGCGGAAGUGUUCUUCAAGCCAGUCGAGGAUGAACUCGAUCGCCUGUUGUUGCCUGACCUGGUGCGUCGCUGCCUUGCCAUGGGUCCUGAUACCUUGCCAGAGCCAGCAAAGAACAUCGUUGCGGCGGGCGGACCAACCCAGUGUCCUGGCUUCACCGAGCGCCUGCAGUCUGAGCUAGUUGACUGUGGUGGAGAAGUGCACCGUGCAAAGCAGCACUCCGCCUGGCUUGGCGGGGCUUUGCUGGCUAGUUCACCGCACUUCCAGGAGAUGUGCAUCACCAAGGAGGAGUACGAUGAAGUGGGGCCAAGUAUGGUAGAGCGGAGGUGCUUCUAAACUACUGAAACACUGCUAUGAAAUGACGGAUGCUGUAAAACCGGAAAGUCUAACGAGUCACAAAGUCUAACGUUUUAAAGACCAGUGUUUUUCGUACUUCCUAGCCGAACACCCGCGCUGAGGUUUAGUGUGCCCAGCUUUCGUCAACUGCAAAAAGUACGUAGAAGACAAUAGUAUAAAAACCUUCAGUACGUACUCUAAGCAGUUUUGACUGUAGAAUAGUAACUGGUUCGGGAUCCUCCAGCUCAACGUGUCCCUUGAAAAAUCGGACUUUCUGCAACGCUCUUGGAUCAUAGUCAUAGAUCAUAGACCAUAGAUCAUAGACCAGACUUGUAGUUUCCAGGAACUGUCCCAUGAUAAUUCUAUUUGCUAAACCUAUCUGCUUGUGUAUAGUAUAGCGCAUACUCCACUUUGGUUGAGGCACACAGCAAGCCUUGACUGCUGACUCGUACGGAUGCUAUAUUGCAUGAGAUUUUAAUCGGACUGUGUGAAUGAAUGCAUGAAUGCGUGUAUGCAUGAUUUAGACACCCAUUGUCAUGAGUUACAAUACAGCGGAGGUUAUAUUACGAUUACACAAGUUGCAGAUCGCUGCCAAGGAGCAACACACCCGUGGGCACUGUACAUACUACGUGGAUCAUAGUGUAGUCACAUCCAGGAGUUCUGUCCUAUGCACUCCGGUACAGCAUUUUACAAACACUGAAAUAUUUUCCGAAACAUUGCUGAUUUUUACCUCUCUCCGCACUGCAAAUAGAGAUUUCAUUGUCGGAUUAUCGAUAGUCUCAUUACAAUCAUAGUCUCAGUGCUAUUUUCCACCACCAGUUUGCAGAUUUCUCAUUUCUACUUGUAGCUAUUUUCUUGUGAUUCGCGUCGAAGUAGCAUUUCAACACAACGUCUACUUUCCUUGCUUAGGCGAGACCAAAAUAAAAUCGAGAUUCCCGGGCAGGACCCAUGUGAAAUUGGUGCGGGCGGGCGAAUUUUAUUUUUAUUUUUUUCCGGUGUAUGUAUGUGUGCAUGCCAUGAACUUUUUUUACAGCAUUUUCCGGUAAUUUUUAUUCAAUUUUUUUAACAGACAACAGGUACGUACGCGGUUUACCCGUUCAAUUUUUCUAUAUUUCGGCCAACGAUGACCCUGAUCUGUACAUCUGGGAGUCGUACAAGCUCGGGUUUGUGUGACUCCACGUCACAGAUCUACUCACAUGAUCAGUACUCUGUACAUGUAUGAACUGUUAAAAAAUAAAUAAAAAAUUGGCAUUGGCUCGAUUUUGCUGCGGGAGGACCCGGGAAUCUCUAAUUUUUUUUGGUCUCGCCUUACUAGCAGCUUCAUGAUGGAAAGUUUGCUAGGUGUUGACCACUGCAGCUUUGAAUUUCCAGUCUCCCACACUGGCAACGUGCUGGUAAUGUAAGAUGACCCGCUGUCAUUAAGCACAUGAUGAUAACGGUCUCUGAUAUGCCAACAUCACAGCUGGCUCAUAGCAAGCAAACUGGCUAUGAUUCCCAACUCAAAGUUUUUUUUUUAAAUCUUUCCAUUGAUCAUUGAUGGGUCUUUGAAUUACGUCAUUCUGUGUGGCUGAUAAUGUCAUU